UGUUGCUGGGACACCUGUGGCUGAACGGAAUAUUAUUUUUUUGAAAAAUCACAAUCUUAUAUUUUGUUAACAGCCUCAAAAUCCGUGGAAAUGUUCAACAGUAAUCGCAGGGAGUUUGAUGAGGAUCCGUUCUUCUCGGAUCCAUUUCGGGCUCACAGGGAUCAUAUGAGGCAGAUGAUGCGUAGCUUCUCGGAGCCAUACGGUGGGCCCGUAGUUCCCAGUAUGACGGAUGGGAGAAACUGUGGUCGUGACAUGUCAGAACAGCCAAGCUCGUCCCUGGCACUGAGGGGCGAACACAGGGAAAUGACCAGGAACCCUUUCGGCAUGUUCGACAACAUGAUGUCCAGCAUGAAAAACAGGAUGCAGGAGAUGCACAAAAACUUUGAAAACAUGGAUUCAAACACCUACUCAUUUAGCUCCUCAUCAGUCAUGACAUAUUCAAAGGCUGGAAAUGAGCCUCCCAAGGUCUUCCAGGCGAGCUCAUCGACACGCCGUGCCCCUGGAGGGAUCAAGGAGACCCGGCAAGCAGUUAAAGACUCUGAGAGCGGUCUGGAGAAGAUGUCCAUUGGUCACCACAUCCAGGACAGGGGACAUGUUGUUGAGAAGAAAUACAACAAGAAAACAGGACAGAAGGAGUUCAACCAGGACUUUCAGAAUAUGGAUGAAUCUGAAGCACAGACUUUUGACGAUGAGUGGCAGCAGGAGGUGUCCAAGGGCCCAAUGGAUUCUCUGAAGGAACCCCGACCCUGUGGUGUUCACCAGGCUGCCCUCACAGGUUCUGAGCAGGAGCACAGUGACCAAUCAAAAGGCAAGGCUGAGGGUAAAAGCAACAUGAAAGGCUCAGGCUCGACAAAGCAGUGAAAAAUCUGUUUGUGUGCUUAUUAAAGUCUUUGAAGAAUCAUGCAAUACACUUGGAUGCUCUGUGGCCCCUCUCUCUCACACACACACACACACACACACACACACACACACACACACACACACACACACACACACACACACACACACACACACACACACCCCUGUCAUCAUAUGGACAGAAUCAGAAGACACUGACCCAGAUUUUGGGACAUAUAUAAGACUAUACGUUUGACAUUUCUGCUCCCCAUUUUCCAAAGCAUACUAAACAAUAGGAAUUGAAACCCGAAGAAGACGGCUGCCCAAUUACCGUGAACAUUUUCUGCUUUUUCAUGGGUCAAAUUACUAGCAUGGCUCACAUUUGAAUUCGAAAACAUUAACAGAAAGAAUCAGGAAUCUGAAGCGUGUUGGUUGUACAGCAUGCAAACCAGCAGCAAUCCUUUACCUCUUUUCUAUGCUUAUAGAAUAUCACAAUAAAGUUACAAACAGGUCCUUAAUCUUUCACUACGACCAGGAAGCUGAAAGGGUCAUUAGUAUUGCUAUGGAUGUAGGGGUGGUUGGCAUUACUUAUAUCAUAACACAUUAACAGUCUAAGAGCAAUUCAUUUAUAUGAUUUGGCAUCAGAUUCAUAGAAUAUAUUUAUGUAUGGCAUUCGGAUGAUACCAUCUGUUUUUUAUCAUUGCCAUUUUCAUAAUGCAACAAGGCACACAAUUUAGUGACUUAUUGACUGUUUGAAAUCCACUAA